UAAUCUCGCCAUCAUUCUAAGCAUAAUAGGCCCCAAAAAAGGGGACCUAGAAUGCAAGAAAACAGCAUCGACGAAGUAGAUCUCAUAUCCUUCGAUGUCGACUUAAUAGAUCUUGACCCCAAGCCCAAACCCACAGAAGACGAAACGGCCCAGCCAACCCACACAGCCCCAGACACCAUCCCUGCCCCCGGACAAGACCCCGCUCUCGACGACGAACCAGAAACGACGUCCCAACCCACAAUCCUGUCACAAGUCAACAGCCAUCUCCUCCCCUUCCAACACGCCAAAGCCCUAGGAAAACAGCUGCAUGGAAAAUAUUUCGAAAAACUCUUGACACGCUACCUUUCUCUCCGGCGCCAGAUCAGCAACACGCAACACGAUGACGAGAUUGAGAAAUUGAAGAAAGGAGCAGAGGAGUUGGUGAAGGAAUUGGUGGGCACGAUUACUGGGCUUGAGCUUGGCGGAGAGGUGGGAGAUGAGGGAGAAGUUGGAGAGGAUGGAGAGAGAGAGGGUGGUUGAGAUGGGGAGGAAAAGUUUUUAAGAGUAAGUCAGAUUUGGGGUAACGCCGACUUGACCAUAAAGAAGACCACUAGCGUUCCGAAAGCAAAAGUCCAAACUCCAUCUCUUCCCUCCCCAUUCCUUCCUAUCCU